ACAACGUCUCCGAGUCAAACCCUGAGAUCUCUGAGGAGAGAACACGGAUCCACAAAGAGGAACAAAACCGCUUUUGUUGCUUUUCUGCAGGUGAUGCAGCCUGCUCUUACCAUGAGGGUGUUUCUGGCUUCGAUUUUUGUGCUUGUGAUCCCCAUCAUUCGGGCUCAGGUUCCCCACUGGGGUCCGUGUCCAGAACCAGAAGUCCAGCCCGCCUUCAUCCUUAAACAGUUCAUGGGGAGAUGGUUUGAAAUUGCCAAGCUGCCGGCCCAGUUUGAGAAGGGCCGCUGCAUCGAGACCAAUUUCACUCUGACGACGGACAACUCCAUUCGAGUGGUCAGCUCGGAAAUACUAAAAGGAGAGGUGAGGAAAAUAGUGGGAACCGGAGUGAUAGAGGAUCUGAAGAAUCCAGCUAAACUGGGAAUAACCUACUCCUACGUCCUCCCUUACUCCCCUUACUGGAUCCUGUCCACUGACUACGUGAACUUUGCCCUGGUGUACUCCUGCACGGAUGUCCUCAGGCUCUUCCAUGUGGACUUUGCCUGGAUCCUGGGCCGCACCCGGAGCCUGCCGGACGCCACCGUGGAGAAGGCCAGGGAGACCUUCGCCACCAACAACAUCGACGUGACCCGGAUGAUCCCCAGCAGGCAGCAGGGAUGCGACAAAACUCUCUGAGGCUGCGGCGAAAAAGCAACACAAGAUGGCGCCGUUGCAGGUGGAAGAAGAGAAACGAUUGCAGAUUUUUUUUUCUCCCCACUCUUUAUUUCUACAGAGAAGAGUUUUAAUAUUUUAUUGCAGUUGUAAUGAAUAGAGCAAUCUCAGCUGUUUGCUUGCUGAUUAAAGUACAUUAUUUGAAAGCUUUAUGUUCAUCUGGAAAAAUAUUUGCUAAAACAUUUUGCCGUUUCUAAUCAGACAUCUAUUAGGAAAGCCUCAGUGAACUAGAUUCAUUUUAUUACAAGGAAACAGCUGUGUUUUUUUUUCAGUGAAAACACAUGAUACUGAUUGCUUUAUUUGUCUCUCAAACUCCAAACAUGAAGGUUCUCAUUAGUCCCAGCAGAGUCAGGAAAACAUGUGACCUUUCUUGAUUUUUUGACAAAUUAACGUGAAGCAUUUUUCUGGGAUUAUUCACCUCAACCAGAUGCUAGUUUUGUUUUUGAUGACUGAUAUAAAACCUUUGUGGAAUGUGCAUUAAACUGCAGAAUAUAGUCAAUGGAUGCCUCAAUAGUAAAAUGUGCUACUUGGAUCAAUCUUCAAUGAAACAAUUUACAUAAGAGAAUAAAAAUCUGUAUGUUUUGAAAGUAAAAACUCUGUUUCAAAACACUUAAUAUUUUAUUAAAUAUUAAAUCUCAGAAAUUUAA